CAAGUCGCAACAAACUCAUCUCGUUUCGCAAACUCUAGCAUCGCAGGUUCGAUUCUUUCGUGCUUAUACUGAUUAGGAGACGGACUAUAUCAUCCCAAUCUCCAACCCUAAUACUCCUCACUCUACACCACCUUCAGAAUGUUCCCUCCCGAACCCCGCCCCCGCAUCGCCUGCUUCCACGGCGGUGGCUCCAAAGGCGAAAUCUACCGAAUCCAAUGCUCGCGCCUCGCCAGCUUGCUCGAAAAUGACUUCGAAUUCGUCUUUUUCGAUGGUCCCUACACCCGCGACGCCGGUCCCGGCGUCCUCCCCGCCUUCCGCGGCUACGAGCCAUACAAAUCAUGGGUGACGAAUGACAGCGACGGCAAGGAACUCAUUGAUGGAAGUGGAUAUGACGAUGUUGGCCGGGACGGGAUCGAGAGGGUCUUGAAGCUGAUGGUGCAAAAUGACCGAGAGCAAGAUGAGCCAGCCGGUCCGUGGGUCGGUGCCAUGGGAUUCAGUCAAGGGACCAGAGUGGUGGGGGGAUUGUUGUUGGAUCAGCAACGCAGAGCUGCCUCGGGCUGGGAUGCGAAUGAGGGAAUCCAGUUGAAAUUCGGAGUUUGCUGCAUGGGGGCGGGGGCACCGCUGGAAUCGGAGGUUUCGAAACACUUCAACUUUGAAGAUAAUACAGUCUCGCUGCCUACAUUGCAUGUCCACGGGCUCAAGGACUGGGUACUGCCGCUCAGUCGACUCCAGUACACGAAAUAUUAUGACUCGAAAACCAAGAAAUUGUACGAGGUUGAUUACCAUCACGCCAUGCCGUGGAACACACACGAGGUACAGAAGUUGGCGGAUUUAAUACGGCAGAUAUAUAAGGAGAAUGCCUAGAAUGCCUGAGACUGCGUGUGCCAGUGCAAGCUCGGGAGGAGUUGUCUUGCGGAUAUGGCAGUGGAGGUGGAGGUCGGAUAAUGAACUAUUCAACACGGAAUCAUGAAUCAUGUGAACAGAUUUCAGGUUAAACUCAUAUAAUGAAGAUAGACAUUGAUUAGUAUUCACAAUGCACUUUCCAAGCUGUUAUCAGCUGUCAACUGGCAGACUAGAUUGGCAAAUCAGAAGAGCACAGGAA